GAGGUCGGCGCUCCUGCUCUCUCGGCCGCCAUGAACGGCAUGAGCUCGUGGAUCAUCGCCUACGGCAUGAUAGGUAGCGGCAAGACCUUCUCCAUCACGGGGACGCCCCUCGAUCCGGGGAUAUGCACGCGGCUGUUCAACGACGUUUUCGAGCGGAGCAGGAGCAGGAGCUGCCUGCAGUGCGACGUGACGGUCUCGGUGUCCUACUUCGAGAUCCACAACGACAAGGCGCGGGACCUUGUGAAGGGCUUCACACCCUUCUCCUCCGACGGCAGGGAGAAGCUUACAGCCAGCCGAACCAACCAUGAGCUCGUCAAGGGCCUGAGCGAGCACGAUAUGAUGAAGUUCAAGGAGGCCGGGGAUUCCAUCAGGAAGAAAUCGUUCCAUCGCCUGAACCCCAGGAGCUCCCGCUCUCACACCGUCUUCUCCAUCCACUUCGAGGUAGCCAAGAGGGGAGCCUCCGGGAGGCAAGACCGGGGCCCGGCCUGCGGGGAGGUUUCGCAGGGGAGCCUGCACCUGGUGGACCUUGCUGGCUUCGAGGACUUCUCAGAGUCCUCGUUCGGGGACAUGGAGGAAGAGCAGCUGCUGGAAACAGCCGCCAUCAACAAGAGCAUCGGGGCUCUGAGAAUCGUGCUCAACAAGCUCGCCUCCAGGCAAAGAUGCCACGUCCCCUACGAGAGCUGCCUGCUGACCAAAGUCUUGCAA